GACAUUCUCCGUAAACCUGCAGAAUGAAGUUGAUCACUGUGACUCUGAUUGUUGCCCUGGUGGCCGCCGCCCAGGGAGGCAAGCUCUCCGACAAGCUGGCCAAGAUCGUGCCCAGUUUCGCCACUGGCUUCGUGAUCAACGGCACGGAGGCGGAGCCCCACUCCGCUCCCUACAUCGUUUCUCUGGGAACCAACUACGCCAAGCACUCGCACAUCUGCGGAGGCACCAUCAUCAGCAAGGAUUGGGUCUUGACCGCUGCCCACUGCAUUUCUAACCCCGUAGGCAUGAGUGUCAUUGCCGGACUCCACACCCGUUCCGUGGUUGAUGAGCAGACCCAGCAGCGCCAGGUUGACUUUGGCCGCGUCCACGAGAAGUACACCGGCGGCGUGGGACCCUACGACAUUGCCAUUCUCCACGUGAGCGAGUCCUUCAUCUUCAACGAUGUGGUGCAGGCCGCAACCUUGCCCAGCCGCGAGCAGGUCCAUGAGGGAGAAACCCACCUGUACGGAUGGGGACAGCCCAAGUCUUACAUCUUCACUGCCGCCAAGACCCUGCAGACCGUGACCACCGAGAUUGUGAACUACGUCGAUUGCAAGGCGGCGCUCCCGGAAGACGCUCCUCUGGCCGAGACCAACAUUUGCUCCUCCUCCCAGCAGCAGAGCAAGUCCGCCUGCAACGGCGACUCCGGCGGCCCCCUGGUCGUUGAGUUCGAGGGCGCCUCCUCCGAGCUGAUUGGCAUUGUCUCCUGGGGCUACAUCCCCUGCGGACUGGCCAACCUGCCCUCUGUCUUCACCAAGGUGGCCUCCUACGUCGACUGGGUCACCGACAUCCAGAGCGCCUACUACAAGCUCUACUAAACCGAAGGGAUAACUCUGUAGUCAGAUCAAACCAAGGAUCGGAAUCACUUUGAUCAGAGCAAUGAUCGAUUGUUGAAUAAAUGCAUCCAGCUAAA